CGUGUUUCACUGGGACAAUAGUGAGUGGCGCACACUUCCUUCGCCCGGCCACAGAAGACAAAAAAGAGUUGCUGGUGUAACAAUAGGAAGAAUAUAUUCCACUCCUCUCUUGUACACGCGGCUUAUGAGAUGAACGCUCGUCAAGAAGAACGUCCCCUUCAGCAGCAGGAGGAUCCACAGCCCCCCCACAUUAAAGAGGAAGAGGAGGAAGUGUGGAUGAGUCAGGAGGAAGAGUUUCUUCCAGGGCAGGAGGAGGCUGAUGUCAGCAAGUUUCCACUGACUGUUGUCUCUGUGAAGACUGAAGAGCAUGAAGACAAACCACCUGAGUCCUCACAGCUUCAUCACAGUCCAAACGUCUGUGAAGAACAUCUUCUCCCUGAGCAACAGAAGUGGAGCUUCAGGAUGGAGCCACAGCCCUCCCACAUUAAAAAGGAAAAGAAACACCCACUGAUCCCCCAUUUUAAAGCGGAAGAGGAUGACCCACUGACCACUCACAUCAAAGAGGAAGAGGAGGACUCAUUGACCCCCAAUUUUAAAAAGGAAGAGGAGAAGCCACUAAUAACCCAUUUUAAAGAGGAAGAGGAGGACCUACUGACCCCCUACUUUAAAGAGGAAGAGGAGGACCAAGAGCCGCCGCACAUUAAAGAGGAAGAGGAGGAAGAGGGCAUCAGUCAGCCUAAAUGGUUGGAGGAGUUCCCAGUGACUGGUGUCCCUGUGAAGAGUGAAGAUGAUGAGGUGAAAGGUGAAAGUGAGGAGAGGGGAGGGGGGGAGCCUCCAAGCAGCAGCUCAACACAACACAUGACAACAGAAGCUGAUGGAGACCACUGUGGAGGAUCACAAGCAGACAAGCUCUUAGCUCCACUAUCAGAUAGUGAGGACACAACGUCACACUCUCCUGACACUGAUGAUGAAGACUCUAAAGAUGAUAAGACAUGUCACACUGACAACACUCACUUCACAUCUUCUCACUGUCACAAAACCUUUAAAUACCAUUGUCGUCUAAAAUCACACAUGAGAACACACACUGGAGAAAAACCUUUCUCUUGUUCAAUCUGUGGUAAAGGUUUUACACAAAGUAUCAAUUUGAAAGUACACAUGAGAACACACACUUGUGAAAAACGUUUUUCCUGUUCAACCUGUGGUAAAGGUUUUACACAAAGUCAGAGUUUGAAAAUACAUAUUAGAACACACACUAGAGAAAAACCUUUUUCUUGUUCACUCUGUAGUAAAGGUUUUACACAAAGUAUCAAUUUGAAGGUACACAUGAGAACACACACCAGUGAAAAACCUUUUUCCUGUUCAAUCUGUGGUAAAGGUUUUAGAGAAAGUCAACAUUUGAAAAGACACAUGAGAACACACACUGGUGAAAAACCUUUUUCAUGUUCAAACUGCGGUAAACAUUUUACUCAGAGGCCAGAUUUAAAAGUACACAUGAGAACACACACUGGAGAAAAACCUUUUUCAUGUUCUAUCUGUGGUAAAGAUUUUACUCAGAGGCCACAUUUGAAAGUACACAUGAGAACACACACUGGAGAAAAACCUUUUUCAUGUUCAAUCUGCGGUAAAGAUUUUACUCGAAGGGAAAAUUUCAAAAAGCACAUGAGAAUACACACUGGAGAAAAACCUUUUCCUGUUCAAUCUGCAGUAAAUAUUUUGCGCAACGGCACUAUUUGAAAGAACACGUGAGAACACACACUGGAGAAAAACCUUUUACAUGUUCAGUAUGUUGUAAAAGUUUUUUACAAAGUCAGCAUUUGAAAAGACACAUGAGAAGACACCCAGGAGAGAAAGUGUUGAGUUGCAGUGUGUGUGGUGAA